UGAUUUAUUUUAAAUAAAAAAGCAGUAAAUAUUAUUAAAUUAAAUGAAGCCAUAACUUAAUCACUGAACCUUUACCCAUGUCUGCAUGCUAUCUAUCCUUUUAUUAGGCCAUGACAGUCUGACAUCUAUCAGAGUGUUAAGUGAACUUUAGGCUCUGUGAUAACUGAUGGUCCAUUUAGACGGUUAUGAUGUGUAGCGUUGACAGCAAUGCACAACCUCCUGGACUUUGGGUUUUCAAUACAACACACACCUCUUUACAGUAUAUAUACUGACUACUACAUCAACCUCACACACACAGCUGGCAUCUGUCAGAGAUAAAGGUAAGAAAAAGCAUGUAUUUUUCAUUACAAUACAAUUUUACAAUACAAACAAUGUAAUAAACAAUAUAAAAAAUGUACAUUUACAUUUAAAUGAAUAAAUGUAAAUGUAAAUGUACAUUUUUGAUAUUGUUUGUUACAUUGAUUGUAUUGUUACUGUCUACAUAUUUAUGCAAUUUAUCACGUGUUAUAAAUAAAUACAUACCAUACAAUUUUUUUACAGACUCAAAACAAGAACCAUGAAGGUGUUUGCGGUACUGUUUCUGGCUGUGUUCACAGCAGGUUGCCAGGCCAACUUGUUCUCUGCUGAUGAGCCCAAACCACAGUUGGAGCAACUGACUGAUGCUUUCUGGGAAUAUGUUGCCAAGGCAACACACACCGCUGAGGACACACUGAAAACAAUUAGAGAGUCUCAACUGGGCCAGGAAGUCAACACUAGAUUUACAGAAGGUGCUAAUGUGGCCAGUGAGUAUGCUGUCACUCUCCAGAAACAAGUGAGCCCUCUAGCCCAGGACAUCAUGACCAAAAUCACCAAGGAGGCUGAAGUUCUGAAGGAGCGCCUUGAGCAGGACCUGACCACUGUGAAGGACAAACUGGAGCCCUAUGCUGAUGAUCUGAAGACCCAAAUUCAGCAGAGAGUGGAGGAGCUGAGAGUAGCUGUGGCUCCUUAUGCUGAGUCCUUUGACUCUGAAGCUCUGAAAACCACCGUGCUGCAGAAGACCGAGGAGCUCAGGGGGAGUCUUGAGGAGAAAGUGAAGGAACUGCAGUCCCAGCUGGAACCCUACACUGAUGAACUCAGACAGAAAGUAGAACAGCACCUGCAAGAAUUCCAGAAGACCGUGGGCCCUCUGACUGAAGAUCUUCAGGCCAAGGUUGCUGAGAGAGCCACUUUGGUUCAGCAAGGUCUGGCUCCCUAUGCUGAGGACCUAAGUGAGAAACUGGACCCCUAUGCCCAGAACCUGAAGGACCAGCUCACCUCUCUUUAUGAGUCCUUUGCCAAGACCAACUAACACAAAAAUAACUUCCCACUCCAAAUGACUAAUACAUAUGACAAAUGCCUUCUUUGCACAAGACAAUUCCAAUAUUCGUAUUAUGUUAUUAUAAUUGCCUAAUUAAACGUAUUUAUUUCCCACAGAAACUAUAUAUUAUGUUAUGUCUGGUACAAUGUUUCUAAUAUCUUAUAAUGUCCUGUAUAAAAUAAAGAAUAAUUUGAAAACAUAUGUUUUUAUCAAAGUGAUUUACUUUAUUAGUCAUGACACUUACACACAA